AUGAACAACUUUUCAAUGAUCUUUGGCAUUUUCGCUUUGUUAAUCAUUUCAAAUUCGGUGACGGAAGGUAAACAGGAAGUCAAGAAAAUUCCAUUCAUUGUGGAUGACAGUGGUGAAAUGAUUAUUACAAUUGAUGGAGUAAAGUACUCACUCGAUUCUAAGCUGGUAUUAAAAGUAGAUGAUGGGAAAUGCUGGACAAAAAUUGAUUUUGCACGACCAACUGAAGAAGAAUUAAAGGCUAAAAAGGGUACUCGUUCAGUAACUGACUUUUGUGAUAAGAAUGUCCAAUCAGAGGAAGAAGAUGAUGGUGGAUCCGAGGAAGAAAAAGCAUAA